AUGUCUAGUAUGCCUAUGUUUAGAAGGCUUAGGCUUAGUACAUCUCUAAUCCCUAUUACCUUAAAGGAGGCUAUUCUCGAUAAUAGCGUCGUUAUCGUUAGCGCCGAUGUGUCUUACGCUGCUCCCGGUCUUAAUAGCCCUUCUAUAGCCGCUAUAACUAUCUCGAUAAGCGCUAAGGCUACUCGCUACGCCGCCGCUAUUAAGACUAAUAGCUACCGCGUCGAGAUGAUUACUAAUAAGAACAUUAAGAAGUAA